GAGACUGACCAUGGAAAGGUUGAGAGAAUGUGGAUUUCUCACUACAGAUCCAAUCAACGACGCCACAAAAACCAAACACGUGCAUGACGUGAUCACUCAAGAAAUUGCGGAUAUAAUCGGGUCAUCGCCUGACCCGAAUUCCGAGAUAUUGGAAGUUACCAAAAUGGAUAGUGAUCCCAAUUUCUCUCUGUCUCGGGCCGUUUGUCCGUCUGAUUCCAUAAGCCUCGGAGUGAAGGUUGCGGAAAGUAACAAUGUGUUCAAUUCACUACUCGACAUGGACGCACGGGAAACUAAAGAAGACACACGACUACGGCUGGAUAGGAGCAGACGAGCCUUCCAUCUGCGCAUGAUGUACAUGAGCGUUGGCGGCACAG